AUGGGCAACUUGCUCAUUCUCCUGGCCCUCUGUGUGGUCAUGGCCUUGGCUUCCUUCUUCGCCGGCGCACUCCCCCUAUCCCUGAGCCUAUCGCAAUCUCAACUACGAUUGAUAUCCAGCAUCGGUGUUGGAAUUCUUGUCGGCACUUCCCUCAUCGUCAUCAUCCCCGAAGGCAUCGAAGCGGUCGCGACAACCAAUACCGUCCAGUCGGCACAUUCGCACAAUGCUGCUGCUGCUGCGAGGCGCAGUCUCACGGGAGUUAGAGGGAGAUCCCCAGUACAAACAGUCAACUGGCACAUCUCAGGGAACCAUCUGGAAGCUAGGGACGGCAAUGGCGACGAGAUCCCCCAUAUCAAGACACACAAGAUCGUAACCGCCGAACAAAUCCUCAAGAGCCUUCACGACAAAAGGGAUGAAGAGCCAAAGGAUGACACAAAAUCCAGCUUCCAAAAGUCCACCAACCCCACCACCGAACAGCAUGAUGACGACGGUCAUGACCACCACGAGAACUCUCUUCCGACAUUCCAGAUCGGCCUGUCUCUGACCCUCGGCUUCGCCCUCAUGUUCCUCAUCGACCGCCUCCCGCAGCACGCCUUCUCCUCUUCUUCUUCUUCGAGCCCGCAGACUCGACACAUCUCCCUCGACAACCUCGAGACCUCCUCCAUCUCCGAGUCCAUUCUCGAAGGCCGUGACGGAUCCUCCGAAACCGACGGCUUCCUCUCUUCCUUCCUCAGCCCCUCGCCAAAACAGGCCCGCACGCUAGCAACGACGGUGGGAUUGGUCAUCCACGCCGCCGCCGACGGCAUUGCCAUGGGAGCCAGCGCCACCACGGAGGACAUGCGUCUAGGAUUGAUCAUCUUUGUGGCCAUCAUGGUGCACAAAGCCCCAGCAGCUUUUGGCUUGACGUCAGUUUUGCUGAGGCAGGGGCUGUCGAAGCGGGCGGCGAGGGGGCACUUGAUUGUGUUUAGCGCCGCUGCCCCCGUAGGAGCGUUGGUGACGUAUUGUAUCGUCGAGUUGUUCCUGGGUGGAAGUGGUGGGCAGGUAGCUGCAGAAGGGAGCCGAGGUGAGCAGUGGUGGACGGGCAUGUUGUUGUUGUUCUCCGCGGGGACGUUCUUGUAUGUGGCUAUGCACGCCAUGCAAGAAGAUAGCAACUCCCACGACCAUCACUCAAGCAGCAACGGGUACGCAGACGGAAGCAGUUCGCAGCAGAGGAGGCAGCCAAAGCCGCUGAGGGACACAAUGUUUACUGUCUUGGGAAUGCUAUUACCGCUUCUCACGCAGUUUGGACAUCAUCAUUGA